ACUAUAUAUUGAGAUGUUAAUUAUAUCAAAAUUCUAGAUUAAAAUAAUGAAAGAUUGAUUUAAUAAUAUGCUUUUAAUAGAGUGGUGUUGAGAAUCAAUUCCGGGAAAAAUCCGGGCGGCCAUUAUCAGUGCGCUAGUACUGCAGCUGCAAAUGUCAAUUUGCAUGAUAAUCGCAUCAUCGAAGCUUCAAUCGAGCAUCCUACCGAACGAAUACGAAAGGCCGACAGUGGCAGGAUUGGUGAGAAGCGGGCCACGCAGUCUCACUUCUGCAAAGGCAGGUCGCUUGCGCUCAGCUCUGCGAAGAAGCAAUGGCAGACCAUAGCAGAUGUAAUGUGUAUAUAUAAACUUACGAGCAUCACACGAAACAAAAAUUGCUCUCAACUGAUAUACCUUUAUCCCUCAAAUCACGUGAUCUGCACCUCGAAGCUCCAAAUUAUCUGCUCGCCUUCGGCAACAGCGCCCCAACCAUGCCCACUACUCAUCACUGUAUGUGCUGUAAUACAAAUGGAUUCUGCUCAAAGCACCAAGUCAAGUGCGAAGUCCACCCAAAGGUCACAUACUACAAAGAAGACAGCACUGGAUACCCUAAGAAGUGUAAGAAAUGCGAUCGCGGAUAGUUUCCGGGGCGCGCCGAGAAGUUGUGCGAUUGGAGACUCCGUGGACGUUCGAACCGUUGAUGAUGUAACGAAUGUGACUCUGCUGGCUCAAGGGGGUUACAAUUCGAUUUGGCUUGUGAAAUUGCGUGCACAGCUUGAGGUAAAUUACAAUCUUCAAUUUGGUUCCUGCCAAGCAACCGCUGCGUUAAGCAGAAAUGAGUUGAAUGAGCAUUGCGAUUUCUGACGCCCAAACGAAGAUUUUCGUACCUACAGCAAUUAUCCCACAAGACACGGCUUAUAUUCACUCCCUACUACAAGAAUGAUCACUAACUUUGCCUAGAUUUCGCAGGCUACUAGCAGCAACGGCAGUCCAUCGCCAGCACAGUGUUACUUCAUCGACAAGUUCAUUCUUCGCCUUCCCUGCAAAGAUACUCUUCUUCCGAGUCAAGUCGCCAACGAAGUCGCAUUCAAAAGAUUCGUCGCCUCGAACCUUCCUCAUGUCCCUGUCCCUCGAGUCUACGACUACCGCGCAACAGAUGAUUCUGAAACUUCAUUUAUUGUUGAAGAGUUCAUUGACGGCACUCCACUCAACGCAACAUGGAUGACCUUUACCGAAUCUCAAAAAGACAGUAUAGCCCGCAAACUCGCAACCAUCGUAGUCGAUCUCGUACAGGUUCGAUUCGACAUGAUUGGGGGUUUGGAUCCCGAGGGUUUUAAUGCCGCUCCAACAGUUGAAGGUCCCAAACUCUUCAAGGGUCGUGGCAAGUUCCACAAGAACGAAUGCUAUCCCAUCGGUCCUUACAAAUCUACCAAGGACUACAUGCUUGCUUGUUACGCCAAAGAGAUCUACUAUUACACCCACGCAUCUGAGGACGACAUUGACGCAGAUCUCUUCGAAGACGUCUCGAUAACGGACUUCAUAGAGCAGUUGCACAGGAAACAGGCAUCUCUUGCAGCGACAGAUAUAACCGACGAGCCAUUCGUGUUAAUCCAUGGCGACUUACACGGUCGGAAUAUCAUGAUGAAAGGUGACCAAAUAGCCGCAGUGAUCGAUUGGGAAUUUGCAGGCUCGUAUCCAUUGAGUGAAACCUUGUCAGAUGGAGGCAUUGAUGUGGUAGAAGCAGAUAGUGAGGAACUUGAUAAUGAAAACACGGUUUGGGGUAGGAAGAUAAGAUGGUAUAUUCGUGAGUUAGCGGUGGAGAGGAGGUGGGAGCGAGAAGACAUUGAUUUGCUAAUGGGAGAUGGGAAUUCAGAGUUGGGAAAGGCGAGAAGUGAGAUGAUUCCUUAGAAUAGUUGGCCAUCCGCCAUAUGUUAUGAACGUGUAACCGAGGGCUUUCGGGAUUACGGGACCAGGAGGAGCUUAGUACUUGGGGAGUAUAAUGAGAUGCCUGGGAGGAUGUCUCUCUAUAAUAUUUCAUGACCAGUAGUAGGGCCUCGCCGGCUAGCAAGACCGCCAGGCAUUUCGUUGAAAUAAUAUUACGUGCGUGCCAUCAUACCGAUCAUA